AUGGAGGCACCAACUGCUGUAGAGAACAUUCCUAUGGACACAGGCACAAAGGCUGCUGAGGAUGAGCAUGAAGGAUUUCUGGGUGGUCCGAGCGAGCAAUCCGUGUUGACCCUGUAUGCGGAUCACAUUGCUUGCAGCGUAUGGAUGAGAGAGCAGCGUCCUGAAUUGAAGCUAUCCUCUCAUUGGAGGAAGGUCCACAGUUUAGGCAGGCCUGCCCCUGCCAUUGAGGGACUUGUUGCUGGUACAGGACUAAGUCCUCUGAUCGCAUGUUCGGUAGACACCGGCGAUCGGGGACUUUUGUCCGCGUUUGUGGAGCGGUGGCACCGGGAGACGUCUAGUUUCCAUCUCCUAGUGGGAGAGCUCACCAUUACGUUGGACAACGUCUCCUCGCUUCUCCAUCUUCCAGUGAUUGGUGACUUACACGCUUUUGAGCCCUUGCACGUGGAUGAUGCGGUUUAG